GGUAAUGGCGACAGGACUGGACCCCUGGAAUGACACCGACAAUGGCACCUGGGAUGGGGAUGAGCUGGGCUACAAGUGCCGCUUUAAUGAAGACUUCAAAUACGUGCUGCUGCCUGUGUCCUAUGGCGUGGUGUGCGUGCUGGGGCUGUGUCUGAAUGUCGUGGCUCUCUAUGCCUUCCUGUGCCGCCUCAAGACCUGGAACGCCUCCACCACGUACAUGUUCCACCUGGCUGUGUCAGACGCGCUGUACGCGGCCUCCCUCCCGCUCCUGAUCUACUAUUACGCCCGUGGCGACCACUGGCCCUUCAGCACUGUGCUCUGCAAGCUGGUGCGCUUCCUCUUCUACACCAACCUUUACUGCAGCAUCCUCUUCCUCACCUGCAUCAGCGUGCACCGAUGCCUGGGCGUCCUGCGCCCCCUGCGCUCGCUCCACUGGGGCCGAGCCCACUAUGCCCGGCGGGUGGCAGCCGGCGUGUGGGUGCUGGUGCUGGCCUGCCAGGCCCCCGUGCUCUACUUCGUCACCACCAGCUCACGUGGCACUCGCAUUACCUGCCACGACACUUCGGCGCCCGAGAUCUUCAGCCACUUCGUGGCCUACAGCUCCGUCAUGCUGAGCCUGCUCUUUGCUGUGCCCUUCGCCAUCAUCUUGGUCUGUUACGCGCUCAUGGCGCGGAGGCUGCUGAAGCCAGCCUACGGGGGCGCAGGAGGCCUGCCGCGCGCCAAGCGCAAGUCGGUGCGCACCAUCGCCGUGGUGCUGACUGUCUUCGCCAUCUGCUUCCUUCCUUUCCACGUCACCCGCACCCUCUACUACUCCUUCCGCUCGCUUGACCUCAGCUGCCACAUCCUCAAUGCCAUCAACAUGGCUUACAAGGUCACCCGGCCGCUGGCCAGUGCCAACAGUUGUCUGGACCCCGUGCUCUAUUUCUUGGCUGGGCAAAGGCUCGUGCGCUUUGCCCGCGAUGCUAAGCCACCAGUAGACCCCACUCCUACGGGCCAGGCUCGCCGCAGGCUGGGCAUGCGCAGAUCCGGCAGGAAUGACACCCGGCGGAUAGAGGACCUGUCCACAAGCAGUGAGGAUUCCAAACGGACAGAAUCCACACCAGCCGGUAGCGAGAGCACAAAGGAUAUCCGGCUGUAG